AAUAUUUUAUUGUUUUCAUAUUUCAAGACCUUAUAAGAACACCUUCAAGUCUUCUUUUAUCCUUCCUCCCCUCCUUCAACGCUUUCACACUCUCUUCUUCUUCCUCUUCCUUCUCUUUCUUCUUCUGUCUUCACUUUACUCUCUGCUCAAAGUUUCAGCACCUUCUUCCACCCAUUUAAGAAGCCUUUUCUUUGAUCCUUCAUGUUUUGACACUCAAAGUCCUACUCUGUGAUUUGAGUGAUUUUUUUUUUUUAAAUUUCCAUUGAAGGUUUUAAUUUAAUUAGUUAUUGGGUAAACUUUCCAACUUUAGACGCAAAGACUGACAAUUUUAGCUGAAAGUUUCAUUUUUUGAUUGAAAAAAAAAAAACACUUCUUUUGUUGUCAGAAAAUGACUUUUGGGUUGUUAUUUUGUGGAUAAAAUUUCCCUUAAAGCCUUUCCUUUUGGCUUUCACUUAACGUUUUUGCUGAGUUUGAGUGAAAACUUGAAGUGGGUUUGGAAAGUUUUAAUUUUACUAAUAAAGUUUAGAUUUUCUUGUGAGCUCUUUUGGCAAUGCAGACUUCAUUCACUAGACAAGAGUGUAUUCUGCUAUCUGUAUCUAGGCAAAAGAUUCAACCCGUGAUCAGGAGGAUCAGAGAAUCCUUAGUGGUGACCUACUUCAUUGGAGUCGGAGGGAGAAGAGGGUAUAAAAAUGGCGAAGAUGAUGGAAAAUAAACGCAGUCCUUGCUCUGUUGAUCAGGGCAGUCUUACCACUAUUGCUUCAAAACGACAUAAAGCCGACUUAUCCAUUUCCACCAAGGAGGGGAAAGAGAAGAUUGGUGAACGAAUCAUGGCUCUACAGCAGCUUGUUUCACCAUAUGGAAAGACAGAUACAGCAUCGGUCCUCUUGGAGGCGAUGGAGUACAUACAAUUUCUACAUGAACAAGUGAAGGUAUUGAGUGCUCCUUACCUCCAAAGAACACCAGCGGCUAUGGUGCAGGAAUUUGAUGACUGUAGCUUACGAACCAGGGGUUUAUGUCUUGUCCCCAUCUCCUGUACCACUGGAGUUGCUCGAAGCAAUGGUGCAGAUAUUUGGGCACCCAUCAAGACAACAUCACCAAAAUUUGACAAGGCAAUUACACAAUUUCAUUGAUUAGUGAUCCAUCACACUUCCAACGGAAAAGAUUCGAGGUAAUGUGGAAGUGGGUUAACAACUCUCUUAAUGUAUAACAGAUUUUUGUUAGGCAGCCGUAACAGGAAUGGGGCAUGAAGGUACUAAAGAUGGGGCUAUCUACUCUGCAAUCGCAAUCAUGCACCCCCAUUCUCGUUUUAAUUGGUGGUGGAAUCAUGGCAUUCUAAUAUGUUAUUUUGUGCUCUGAUCAAGGGAAAUGUAAAUGUAUGAACUUCAGUUGUAUAAUGAUCCCCAUAUUAAAAUGAUAAAUAUAUUUAUGGA